AUGCCUCAAUACACUUCCCGAGACGUCGGCGACCCGUCGCAGAUCAAGAAGAACAAGCAGUCGAUGGCUGACCUCAAGCUGCGUCGCCUGACCGAACUCAACAGCCGGCUACGCGAGGAUCUCGACCGAGAGCGCAUUCCCGUAUCCCAAGCGUCUAGGAGCAUCAUCGCGUAUUGCAAUAGCACGAGGGAUUACAUGGUCCCGGCGGUAUGGGGUGCCGUCCCGCGAGGAGAAGACCCGUACGCGCCUCAACAGAACGGCGGAUGCUGCUUGGUCAUGUAG